AUGGGUGGUGGAUGGGUGGUGGAUGGGGGUAGAUGGGUGGUGGAUGGGUGGUGGAUGGGGGUAGAUGGGUGGUGGAUGGGGGUAGAUGGGUGGUGGAUGGGUGGGAUGGGGGUAGAUGGGUGGUGGAUGGGUGGUGGAUGGGGGGUGGUGGGGAUGGAUGGGGGUAGAUGGGUGGUGGAUGGGUGGUGGAUGGAUGGGGGUGGAUGGGUGGUGGAUGGGGUAAUGGGUGGUGGAUGGGUGGUGGAUGGGGGUAGGGGUGGUGGAUGGGUGGUGGAUGGGUGGUGGAUGGGUGGUGGGGGGGGAUGGGUGGUGGAUGGGUGGUGGAUGGGGGUAGAUGGGUGGUGGAUGGGUGGUGGAUGGGUGGUGGAUGGGUGGUGGAUGGGUGGUGGAUGGGUGGUGGAUGGGUGGUGGAUGGGGGUAGAUGGGGGGUGGAUGGUGGGAUAA